AUGUCUGAGACAUGGCUUAAACCCUCCUUAUCGGAUCAAACUGUUUCUCUACCUGGCUUUCAGCUGUUCAGGUGUGACAGGGUCUCCACGGCUAAUGAAAAGUUGCUGCUGGCGGUCGUAUAUCGACCACCUCACUGUGGUUACUUAACGGAUUUUUUCAACACUUUUUCCAAUCUAUCUACAUCUUACAAGCACACAAUCAUCUUUGGUGACUUCAAUGCCAAUCUGUUAGCCGAAAAUUAUGACUCUGAUCAAAUAAAAGACUUCAUCAAUUAUUCUUCGUUUUACUUGGUGCCUUAUGCGCCUACUCAUCAUACACCUUCUUUUUCUACCUUGCUGGACUUGUGCAUAGUUGAUGAUACAGAGAAGCUUAUCUUCUACGAUCAGCGAGAUGUUUAUUUCCUGUCUUCGCACGACCUAAUAGAUAUCACUUACAGUAUUUCUGUUGGUAAACGUGAUGUCAGAACCAUUACCGUCAGAGAUUAUAGCAACUUUGAUUGGAACCACUUUCUUACUAAGCUUUCUAGUUGCGACUGGAGUAUCUUCAUAAACUCUGAUGAGAUUGAUAAUAAAGUUGCUAGGUUUAAUGAAUAUAUAUCUAACUAUUACAAUAAACACGCGCCACUUAAGACCAUUCAUCCAAAGCAUCUGCCUGCGCUCUGGAUUACGCCUGAAAUUAGGUCCUGCAUGAAUGAAAGAAAUAAGCAGCGCAGAAGGUGGCGAAGGAAUAAAUCUGACGUUAAUUACAAUCUCUAUAAGAGAUUAAGAAACCAGGCCCAGGCUAUGAGAUUGCGCAAUCAUGUACAAAAUCUGGUGCGUACUGCUAGGAACACGUAUUAUUUGCAAAUAUUUAAGAAGGAGAAAGAUCUAUCCACGAUAUGGGGACAUCUGAGACAUUUGGGUCUCGUCAGGGCGAAGAGUUCUGGUGGUUGUCUGGCCUUUCCGGUAGAAGAGCUUAACAAUUUCUUUGUGCAGAACUCCGGUGGCUCUUCCGUUGAUACAGCGGAUCUACAUCAGCAUCUCCGAACGUCUAUGGAGAGUGUUUUUGACGAUAUGUGGAAAAAGGCUGUUGUAUAUCCAAUACCAAAGAUCAACAACCCCACAGCUCUGCAGCACUAUAGGCCGAUCGCCAUUUUUCCGACGUUAUCGAAAAUCAUGGAGCGAACGGUAUGCGAUCAGAUUCAGGACUAUUUAGAAGAUAAUAAUCUUUAUGAUCCUUACCAGUUGGCAUAUAGAAGAGGGCAUUCUACUCAGACUGGUGUCAUCAGGAUACUUGAUGAUAUGAGAUUCGCGAGUGAUAGAAGAAUGAUAACGAUUUCUGUUCUGCUGGAUUUAUCUAAGGCCUUCGAUAGAGUUCACCAUUCAACUUUAUUGAAAAAACUAGAAGAUAAAAAGUUCUCUAACUUAGCAUUACAUUGGAUAAACUCAUAUUUAGAAGAAAGGCAACAAAGGAUAGUAUCGCCUGUGUCAACUCUGAUAUUCACAAAAUAA